AUGAAGCGGCCAAACCGCGGUCGCGUUCAUUGCGUGCGCGGCUCCCCGCAGGAGCGCCUGGCGGCGCUGGUGGACGAGCGGAAACGGCUGGUGGACGGCUCCGUGGAGGUCGGGGGCGGCGGCGGCGGCGGCGCGACUGGCGGCGGCGGCGGUACGGGCGGGCGUGGUGUGAGCAGCGCGGCCACGAGCGCCAUGGUAGAGAAGGAGAAGCACAAGCUGGAGGUGCUGAAGCGGCGGCAGGAGCGCGAGAUACAGCAGAUGCUGCAGUACGAGGUCACCCGCAAGCAGCUGCUGGACAAGCAGCAGCGCAAGAUAGAGGCGAUGGAGGCGCGCGCGGCGGAGCUGCAGCGCGCCAAGGCGGAGCACGAGCGGCAGUGGGCGGCGGCGCAGCGGGAGCGGGAGCUUGCAAAGAUGGCUGAGGAGCAGGAGCGCGACAAGGAGGCGCUGCGCAUCGCGGGUGAGCGCUACCGCCGCGAGAGGGCGCUGCACCGCAAGGAGGCGGAGGACGCGCGGCGCCGCAAGAAGGAGGCCUUUCAGAAGGAGGUGGAGCGGCGUGAGAAGGUGGAGGAGUCGCGGCGCGAGACGGAGCGCAUCCUGGCGCAGCAGGAGGCGGACGUCAAGGCACGCAAGGCGGAGAUGGAGCGCCGCGACAG